AUGUCCGCGAUCUGCGCCGCGCCCGCGGCGACGUGCGCGUCGCUUCACGCGAUUCGCGCCUCCUCCCAAAAGGAUGGCGCCUCCGCCGCCGCCGCGAGGCGCGUCGCGACGCCCCUGCGCGCGCGACCGAACGUCGCGUCCUCGCGAGGCGCGCGUCUCGCCGCGAACGUCUCGACGCCCGCGAAGAAGUCCGCCGCGUCCGCCGCGGACAUCGACUGGGACGCGCUCGGGUUCGGCCUCACGGAGACGGCGUUCAUGUGCCGCGCCACGUGCGACGUCGACGGCGAGUGGACGACGGGUCAGCUCGAGCCGUACGGCGACCUCUCCCUCUCCCCCGCGGCCGCGGUCUUAAACUACGGCCAGGGCAUCUUCGAGGGGAUGAAGGCGUACAGGACCGUGGACGGCGCCGUCGCAGUGUUCCGACCGGAUCAAAACGCGAAGCGCUUCGCGGAGGGCGCGGGGCGCAUGUCGAUGCCGCCCGUGCCGGAGGACGUCUUCGUGGACGCGGUCAAGAAGACGAUCAGCGCGAACCGCGACUUCAUCCCGCCGGAGGGCAAGGGGUCGCUCUACCUCCGGCCGCUGCUCAUCGGCACCGGACCGAUCCUCGGGUUGGGUCCGGCGCCGUCGUACGACUUUCUCGUGUACUGCUCGCCCGUGGCUUCUUAUUUUAAAGGUGGGCAGCUCACGCCGAUCGAUCUGGUCGUCGAGGAGACGUACCACAGAGCCGCGCCGGGGGGCACGGGGAGCACGAAGUGCGUCGGGAACUACUCGCCCGUGUUGAAGGUGCAGCUCAAGGCGAAGAAGGAGGGGUUCAGCGACGUGAUUUACCUCGACGCGGUGAACAACAAGUACAUCGAGGAAGUGAGCAGCUGCAACUUUUUCGCCGUCAAGGGAAAGACGAUCGCGACGCCGGCGCUCGGCGGCAGCAUCCUCCCGGGGAUCACGCGCAAGUCCGUGAUCGAGCUCGCGAAGAAGAAGGGAUACGUCGUCGAGGAGAGGAACGUCAGCGUGGAGGAGGUGCUCGACGCGGACGAGUGCUUUUGCACGGGCACCGCCGUCGUCGUCGUGCCCGUCGGAUCCGUGACGCACAGGGGCGAGAAGAAGGUGUUCAAGGGCGGGAAGGUGGGCGAGGUCGGGCAGUCGCUGUACGACGAGCUCACCGGUAUUCAGGCGGGGAAGUUGGAGGCGCCGGAGGGGUGGUUGGUGAACGUCCCCGAGGGCUUCCACGACGCGAAGUGACGACGCUUCCAGAUUUUGGUCGGUCCGCGACGGAGGGAGCGACGGCGGGCGGAGGGAGGAGCGGUCGGAAGGAGGACGGCGCGGUCGUUUGUAUAGCGCGGCGGUAUCGUAACGUCAUCGACGAAGGAAACGUUGGCGGGAUCGCGUGCUCU